AUGGAUCGAAGCUUUAUGUUUCAUCUACGUCAGCACCUCGUACGUAACGACCCGAAAACCAAAACUGAGAAGGAUCAGUGUCGUACUGAGGCACUGGUGAAGAAGGCCUACUGUGAAAAACUCGAGAAGUGGGGCGAAACGACUAUGCGUCUUUUUAAAAUGGAGCACUUAAAUUAUCUUACCAGGCGUCUAGUUGAUCUCCCAGAAAGCAUUGAACACCUCGACGCUAGUCAGCCUUGGCUUGCCUAUUGGAUGGUUCAUUCCUUGCGCCUCCUCUGCUACCAACUCUCUGACAAAGUAAAAACAGGAGUAGUCAAUCUAAUGAGGAGCUGUCAACACGGGGGAGGUGGAUUUGCAGGUGGGCCCUACCAGUUGGCGCAUUUGGCCCCAACCUACGGUGCGGUGAAUUGCCUGGCUUCGCUACUCUCGGCCGAUGCUUUGGAUGUUAUCGACCGCCAAGCCUUGGGUGACUGGUUAAUUUCACUUCGGCAGCCCGAUGGUUCUUUUGUAAUGCAUCACGGUGGAGAGGUAGACGUUCGAGGGGCCUAUUGUGCCGUAGCAACGGCCUCCAUCACUGGAGUGCUUAAAUCUCGGCCAGAAAUUUUCCAGGGAACGGCGGAGUGGAUCGCGCGAUGUCAGACCUAUGAGGGUGGCUUUGGUGGACAGCCAGGCCUGGAGGCACACGGCGGUUACUCUUUCUGUGCUUUCGCCGCCCUCUAUCUCCUCGACUCCAUCCACCUUGUUGACGUUCCACGUCUCCUUCGCUGGGCUGCGCAUCGCCAAAUGCCUACCGAGGGUGGCUUUCAGGGUCGAACACACAAACUGGUGGAUAGCUGCUACUCCUUCUGGGUGGGUGCUAUCUUUCCAUUGGUGGAACAGGUCCUUCGUGUUGAUACUGAUAGUGCUAAUACCCCGGAGACGGCGCUAUUCGAUACGUCUGCGUUACAAGAAUAUGUCCUCCUCUGCUGCCAGAAGGUUCAUUACACCCGUCCCGGUCUCUCAGUACCAAACAACCAGAUGCCAGUGAUUGAUACUAGCGGAGGCGGCCUUUUUGAUAAGCCUGGCAAGAAUGUCGACCCCUACCACACCUGCUAUGCUCUUAGCGGUCUCUCCGUGGCCCAGCACUCCCCUCGUACCCCCGACGCUAACACUGUUAUCCUCCCCGAUAUGCCCUUCCCCCCUGUCCCGGCACGCGAUGUCGCUGGCGCCCAAUGGGGCAAUGAGUUAGCCGACAUUGACCCCUCCCUCAAUGUCGUUCUUGACGCCGCAGUCUUUGCUAAAACCUACUUCAGUCUCAUCGACUCCGGUGCAGAACGCGAGGUAGCUGCUCAACGCGCCAUUGAAGCUGCCGACAAAGUCUCCUUCAAACAGGCAACCUGUGAUGUCAACAGCGAAACCGAUGACGGGACCGUUCUGGGAGCCUACGAGCCCAUGGACCACAUGCCAAACAUCUGUACCUCCCCAUGA